AAGAUAGUACACGUUUCUAUUCUGUCGAUGCUGUCAAAAUCGUAAACUAGUAAAUAUGCUGAACACAAAUAAAUAAACAAAGACACUACCGGUAGUGCGCUGUGGGCCGGAAUUGUGAUCAAGUUUCGGCUUGCAUUUGUGAAACAUAAGUUACAUGUGGAACGAAAUUACCUGAAGGGAUUCAAUUACAGUGGAAAUGGAGACUGCCCCUGAACAACAUACUAGUUCUGCCUGUGAUGGGGUUACCGUCAAACAGGAGCCAGUGGAGUCUGAACCACUCGUGCCUGCUAACCGAGAGAUCGAGUUCAUAUCUGUUAAAGAAGAACCUUCAGUGGAGGCUGAACCACCCACAUUUCUUAAGCAAGAGAUAGAGUACAUAUCUGUUAAACAAGAACCUCCGUGUUUACCAGAGUGGGAGGAGCCCGAAGGCCUUGAUAGCGCACAGGACCCACUAAGUGGCACUGUGGAGGAAUGUUCACCUUCAGAAGAUUUUUCUGGACCUAGCACAUCCAAUAUUGAUAAAACGGAGAAUGAGGAAGACGAAGAGGAGGCAGAGAGUGGAGACGACGAGCUGGAUCUCAAAGAAGAAUCAGAGUCAAUAAACAGUGGCAGUGAACCAGAAAGAGGCAUGGACGACGACAAGAAUAAUGAUGACAGCGGUGGUUUGGUUACCAACAUUUCCAUGGCUGCAGUAAAAGGCAACAGAACACAGUGCACAACCAAGGCGGAAGCAUGCUGUGGGAAUAAAACUGGUACAAGGAGUCUGCAGCACAGACAUGGGUUCCGCAAAAAGACGUUCCCACUGUUGCAGGAACUGAUGGGACACGCAGCUGCGGACAAACGUGAACUUGUGCGGUCGUGCAGCGUGUGUCACAAAACAUUCGCAACGAGUGGCAGUUUGAAUAGGCACUUCCGUGUGCAUACUGGUGAACGCCCAUACAGCUGUGGCGUUUGCAAUAAGUCAUUCAAGGAAAGUGGGGCACUUAAGCGGCAUUUGAAUCUGCACACUGGUGAACGCCCAUACACCUGCGACAUUUGCAACAAGACAUUCAGGCAAAAUAGUGACCUGAAACAGCAUAUGCGUUUCCACACUGCUGAACGCCCGUACAUCUGUGGUGUUUGCGACAAAACAUUCAAGAAAAGUAGUCACCUGAAGAAGCAUUCUCGGUUGCACACUGGCGAACGCCCUUACGCCUGUGGCGUUUGCAACAAGACAUUCGUAGAAAGUGAGGCACUGAAACGUCAUUCGCAUCUGCACACUGGUGAACGCUCCUACAUCUGUGGUAUUUGCAAGAAGACAUUCAACCAAAGUACUCACCUGAAGAAGCCUUCACUGUUGCACACUGGUGAGCGCUCGUAAAGCCUCAGGGAUCUGGAGCAAGACCUGUGAAUGAAGUUGUCACCAGAAGCAGCAUUUGCUGCUGCACACUUCUGAAGGCCCUAUAGAUGUAAUGUGUGUCGUAAGAGGUGCAGGAAUAUCUGGAACCCGAGGGGGAAUAUUAGCAGCUGUACAUUGAUAAAAUACAAUACUGUUGCAGCAUUUGUUGCAGGAAAUUCUCAAUUAGAUCAUCUCAGGAAACCACCUAGUUCUUAACUGGAGGGAACUUCCGUGUGCUUGUGAUGUAUUUCCUUAGAGAUUCAAAAAUGGUUCAAAUGGCUCUGAGCAGUAUGGGACUUAACAUCUGAGGUCAUCAGUUCCCUAGAACUUAGAACUCCUUAAACCUAAUUGACCUAAGGACAUCACACACAUCCAUACCUGAGGCAGGAUUCGAACCUGCGACCAUAGCAGUCGCGUGGUUCUGGACUGAAACGCCUAGAACUGCUCGGCCAUAGCGGCUGGCUCCUUAGAGAUUCAUAGACUAGAAAGUUGUUACUUUUGCACAUAUGACUCAUGACACCUGCCUAAAAAUUCACUUGUGAGUCCAUUGAAGUGAUUGCUGCUAGGGAUAUGAAUGUGCUCUAAGAAGUUGAGGACAAGUGGCUUAAAAUACAUUUGAAAUCUCACGUCUACCACGGUUCAUAUGUCGGGUUUGUCAAUUAGGGUCAUGUAAGUUGUUGAAAAAUUUUUCGUUGCCACAUUUAAAAGAUAAGAUUACAUAUUUAAUGAGUCGUUUUUUGUAUGUGCAUAUUCGCAGCACAUCUCUACUUUAUGUGUAAGCUGCACCACUUUGAUUUCGCUAGUGAAGCAUUGUGUUGUGCUACUUUGGCACAGUGAAUUCAGUUCUACCACGAUUGCAGAUAUGUACAUGUAAUGACACAAAAGAAAAACAUAACUUGAGUUUUUCCAUUUUCUUUCCUUUCGAUCUGAUUGAAAAAUGUGGUGUUAACUCGUCUGUUGCCAUGACACCGGACCAUCUCCUGCAUUGAAAGUUUCGGUGCCGGGUAUUGAUGGGAAGUUAUGAUUAUCACUGCAAUUGAUUCCCAAAAUUGUGCUUACGUUUUGAAAUAAGAAUUCCACUUCUCGUUUUAGGUGAUAGAUCAGUGUGGAAAAGGUUUUACAUAAAUGUACUACUACAUAUUUUAAUAUUCAAGAAGACUACAUUAUGUAUUAGAAUGGUGGUUCACCUUUAAUUUUCACAGUGAUCAGCUACUGAUAGGUAAUUGUGUUGAUUGAUUUUGAA